CGUUAUCGAUAAAUAGUUUUUCAAACCGCUUAGUACAGUAACGACGAGUUUCACGCUACCGGUAAUCGUGCCCGUGCGAUACACUGUAAGGUAUCGCAACUUUGUAGUCGUCAUUUCUCGGCAAACCGCACUGUGAAUGAAAAAUAAGAAUGAAAGCUUCGAACCAUGGCGCAAUGAUGAUCUCUUCGACAGACAAUGAAUCCGAUGCCGUGACGAUGGCGAAUGCCUUUCGUUAUGCUAGUGUGAGUUUUAUUUCCUACGGCCAUGUCUCUCUUCUUCGGUUUUGGAAAUUGGGAACGUUUCCCCUCUUUUUUUAUGUAUUCCAGGUAGAGGCUCAACCUUUUGUUGCAUCUUUCUUCGUGUUUCCAAUGGUCGCGGUAUUGUUCGAUUCGAUUGCGUGCAAUCGCGCUUGUUUUCAUACGAUGUUAGGACGACGAUACGCGAAAUGUCAUGAACGUCAUGACAAACCAAACCCCGUCUGCCCUGGAGGCCCUUAAAUUUUUUGCGGUUACAAAAUCUUGGUUUGUUCGAGCAUGGCCAAUUUUAACAGCAAAGCCACCCGAUUAUAUCGAUGACGAUUUUGGGGACAAUCUCAGGGAAUACAUCGGGAAGAUUCAAAAUUCGGAGCUAGUAGUUGAAGCAGACCAAAUUGGUGUCGACGACGAGAAGAAGCUCCAGGAAGAGAGAGUCGUCCCUUCGAGCGGUUUGACGAACGAAGCCAUGCACCAUCGCAAAGUUCCACAGCAUGUGGAACCCAUAAAAAUGCUGCCGGGACUCGUUCACACAAAGGACUAUUUUUUCCUUGGCCCAAGCGCUUGGAUGCUCGUAAAAGAAAAAUUUGGUUACGACGGAUACGAGAUUUGUAGGUCUUGCAAGAGCGUAGCAACGGGGGUCGGCCAGGGAACAAUAGCGGUAGCACUGCUGCCGGGAGAAGAAACUAUCCCAUCCACUUUCGUUGCCGAUGACAAUGACGAAAACGUAAAAUCAAUGCAGUCGGCGAUUUUGCCUGUGUCGGGAAGAUUCCAAUACGAAAAGAUCAUUUCGGCGAAGAUCGAGAGUGAUAUUUGCAUGAACUCAACGCGUCGUGACAUGGUCGAAAAGAGGAACGAGGUAAGUUCAAUGCACAGUUUAGCAAGAUGGCUAGUAAUAUACUCAUCGCCAAAGUGUAUGGGUGGAAAACAUUUGCUCUUGCAAACGAUUCGUCCAUUUGAUAUCUCACAGACCGCCUAUGAAAACAGCUCCCAGUGGAAGAAGAUGAAACAGAGCCACCUAUUCUAUUACUGCCUCCUUCGAUGGUAGAUGACGAUUCUAUUUCUGAUUCAUGCGACAAACACAAAAUGGAAAUUGAAACACACGAAAACGGUGGAUAUAGUGCUAGUACGCAGACACAGGUAUCUACUCGCAAACGUUUCGCAUCGGGGCUUUCAAACAUGGGAAAUACCUGUUUCAUGAAUUCUACUCUUCAAUGCUUGGCACAUACCGAACCUUUACGGCGAUAUUUCCUUUCCGGAGAAUACGAGAAAGAUCUCAACAGAGACAAUCCACUUGGAACCGGUGGCGAGCUAGCAACGCAAUUCGCUAGUCUCAUGGCCGAAAUAUGGACCGAGACUUCGAAACGCAGAAAUGUAAUCGAAGGAGAGACUCAAAAUUAUAAAUAUUCAAACCCCUACUCGCAGGCUAUUUUCCCUCGAAAUUUCAAAAAUAGCCUUGGAAAACAUGCGGAACAAUUCAUGGGGUAUGAUCAGCAUGAUUCACAAGAACUAGCGACGUAUUUGUUGGACGCCUUGCACGAAGACACAAAUCGCGUUACAAUAAAACCAUACGUAGAGAAACCAGAGCAAGGAGAAAAUGAAUCCGAUGCCCAUGCUGCAGACAAUGCAUGGAGGAUGCAUCUACGUCGUGAGGAUAGUCGCGUGUUGGAAAACUUUGUGGGACAAGUGAAAAGCAGACUAGAAUGUUGUGAGAAAGGAUGCACCAGAGUUUCAACGACAUUUGAUCCGUUCAUGUAUUUAUCAGUCCCCAUCCCUGGCGAAUCUGAGAGAUCAAUGACGGUUACAUUUGUCCCAAUUGAUCCCCAAAAAAGAAUGCAAAAACUAACACUGACUAUCGAAAAGACAGCGACAAUAGCCUGUCUCUUAAAAGCGAUGAAUGAAGAAUUAGUCAGGGUCAAAGUAUGUUCGGAACUGAUCCCCUUAGAGGAUUUGUGUGCUGUUGAAAUUUACGACAAAGAAAUCUUCAAGUGGCAUAAAAUCGAGGACGAGGUUCAUGGGAUUAAAGAUUUCGAUAAAACUUAUGUAUACCAACUCACGUCUCUGGAAGAAGUGAAAAGAAUAUCGAAUGAAACCAGUGUUGACGAAGACGUCGGUGGUAUUGAUUGGAGUAAGACCUUAAAGCAUCGAGUCAAUCUUGACUUGUCGACAUUCAACGAGCUAAACAAAGGAGAUCGUUGGAAAGACCAGCUCAGCAACUAUGCAAAGCAGCGCUUCCAGAUUUAUAAGAUCCUAAAUGUCAGUCGCAGUUCCAUCGAAGAGAUGAUUGAGUAUUACGAGAAAUUGGUAGAAUUUCUGGACGAAUGCUACCUAGAAUUAGAAAAGCACAAUGACUCGGAAUUAAAACAUACAGGGAAUCAUGAUGAAAAUACCAAGGGGGAAGCUAUUGAGAUGCAAUCCACUUCUACGGGCUCGGAGAAAUCAGGAAACGGAACCCGGGGAAUGAUUGAUUGUCCUUCUACAAGAUUUCCGAAUGUCAGAACGAGACACGACAUCGGAGUCCUUGAAUUUUGUGCAGACAAGCUGAGAGAACUGAUAUACGAUCGAAUGUGUCGUGAAAAAAAGAAAAACAGCGAGGGAGUUGUGAUUCAGGUCGGGAUAAGAAAGCCUUCGGGAUCUUCGACGACUCAUACUACAAAUCGGCAUGGAUUGCUAAGCACCUGCUUAGUUCUUCGCUUACCAUGUAACUUAUCUGUUUAUGGCCUUCGAAAAGAACUGGCACACAGGCUCUCUCGGUCACUCUAUGAACAAAAGAAACCUCUACACGAGGCAAAACUAGGAGAGCGGCAUGUAAAUUUGUCAUCAAGUAAUACAGGCGAAUCAAAUUUGGAAAGCCCUGAACUUAAUAUAUUACGAAGAGCACGUUUGUCCUGCGACAAUAGUGAUCGAGGAUCGCAUUAUGAAAAUUCGAAAUCUCUUGGAAUGCUGAACAAAGCAACAGAUUCUGAAGCUGUUGAAAACGAAGACCAAUCACUAUUAGCUAUAUCAUCCGACGAAAUGGAACAAGCUGUGGUCGCAACGAAGGUGAAGAAUCGUGGACACGUUUAUCUUGACUUGCAACAAGAAGAUGGGUGGGAAGUAUUUGAUGCUAAGGAAUUCGAGGUUGUGGUUGUACCAGACCAUGAUAAUGGGACUCCGUCUAAAGAGCCCGAGCCUGACGUUAAGGUUAGAGAUUGCAUCGAGAACUAUUGUAAGAAAGAACAACUGGAGGAAUCUGAAAUGUGGUACUGCAACGAGUGCAAAAAACAUGUUCGAGCAUGGAAGCAAUUUUAUAUUUACCGUGCUCCUCCUAUCCUUAUCAUCCAUUUGAAGAGGUUCUUUUUUUCCGCUUCUACUCAUCGUCGCGAUAAAAUCACAAGAAAAGUCGAUUUCCCUUUGGAAGGAUUAGAUCUUACAGAUCUAGUUGCAAGCUACGACGAAGACGAUAAACCCAUCUAUGACUGCUACGCUGUGAGCAAUCACUUCGGUGGUUUGGGAGGUGGUCACUAUACAGCAUAUACACUCUCUGACGAUGGAAUAUGGUGCAAUUAUGACGAUAGCCGUGUUACCACGGACAUAAAUCCUGAGGAAGUAGUAUCCGAAGCUGCUUACGUUCUUUACUACAGAAGACGAGAUGUGUCCGUAGGAGAAGACCAUGAUAUAAUAAUUGACACAAAAACGUCGCCCACGAAUUGCGAGCACACUGAUUGUCCCGGAGAAGUAAGCGAUGUAUCAAUCAAUAACAACACCCACGCGAUGGACCUGACUCUUUACGACUCGGACAGUAAUGGUAGUUCGAAGACUGCGUUGUCUCCAACGGAUUCUAUUGAAAACAGCGAUGAAAACAUAGUUCAUCAAUCUGACGAUUAUAUGAAUGUCGAAACUACUUUCCAAUGAAGAACACGUCAGAAGUAGCCUUCGUUCCAGUAGAUACAUCUAUCCACAAAUAGAAAUACAUUUAGUUUAGACAC